AUGUCUUUAACAAAUUGUCGGUUCUACGAGGAGAAGUAUCCGGAGGUGGAUAGCUAUGUUAUGGUCAAUGUGAAGCAGAUUGCCGAAAUGGGCGCCUACGUGAAGCUCCUCGAAUAUGACAACAUCGACGGAAUGAUUCUGCUCUCCGAACUUUCGCGAAGACGUAUCCGUAGUAUCCAGAAGCUCAUCCGUAUCGGCCGCAACGAGGUUGUCAUUGUGCUCCGUGUGGACAAGGAGAAGGGUUACAUUGAUCUUUCGAAGCGACGAGUUUCUCCCGAAGAUGUUAUCAAGUGUGAGGAGCGAUACAACAAGAGCAAGGCGGUACACUCGAUUUUGCGUCACGUCGCAGAGGCCACCCAAACCCCUCUUGAGACCCUAUACCAGCAGAUUGCCUGGCCCUUGAACCGGAAAUACGGCCACUCCCACGAUGCCUUCAAGAUUUCCAUCACAAACCCUGACGUGUGGGCCGAUGUCGAAUUCCCCAGCGACGCCGUGAAGAGAGAGUUGACUCAGUACAUCGGAAAGCGACUUACCCCUCACCCGACGAAAGUGCGUGCCGAUAUCGAAGUUACUUGCUUCGGCUAUGAUGGUAUUGAUGCGGUCAAGAACGCCCUGCGGACUGCUGAGGCGGAGAACACCCCUGAGAACCAAAUAAAGGUCAAGCUUGUUGCUCCUCCGCUGUACGUUCUUACUAGCCAGUGUCUGGACAAGGCGCACGGCAUCAAGAUGCUUGAGGAGGCUAUCCAAAGGAUCGAGACGACGAUCAAGGGGUCUGGCGGUGGCUGCACCGUCAAGAUGGCUCCCAAGGCUGUCACCGAGCACGAUGAUGCUGCUCUCCAGGAACUUAUGGAGAAGCGCGAGCGUGAAAACAUGGAGGUCAGCGGCGAUGAGAGCAUGUCUGAGAGUGACGAGGGUGUUCCUGAGUAA